GGCGGUGUUCCACUGAUCAUCAAACUGACGGUGUUCAGAGUCUAUAAUCGGUGGAAGGAAUUUAGUCUUGCAGGGAGCGGAGGAGUGUAUGCAUCUCUCUCACUGAUCACUCAAUUACGGUCAAGCGUGGGUAGUACGUAGUAAUUCUACAUCAAUUCCAAAUGUUCCGAGAGAGACGGCCAGCAACUGAAAGGGUUUUCCGAACCUUGGAAGUAUAGACAGUCACCCAACUGGAUUCCUGAAGCUCACUACUGACCACUCGAGGAAGAUACAGUACUUAACUCACCAAUUGGGUUUACCUGUGACGACCCAUGAGCAGUUCGCGCCAAGCACCUAAUUUGGGUUACAGGUUACUCAGUUGACUUCCACACUUCAGCAACGUCGGCCAUUGUUCUUCCUUCAAAGGGUGACAAAUGGCGAAUCCCAAAGCCGGAAUGAGGCUAGUGAGAUUAUCAGGGUAUUUCAUCCUGACCUUGCUGCCACUGUACCUCAUGUUCUCACCCUAUAAAGUCUAUCCCUGGAAGCCAGCUGGAAACCAGUCAGAAAUACAAAAAAGUCGCAUGCCACCUCCUCGUCGUGAAGUUGUCACAGAGGAAGAGAAGGAGGAGCCAUGCGUCCAACAGUACCAAAAUUCAUCCAUAGCUCCAAAGCUGGUCGUCAUUUGGACAGCCUUCUGGGGGAGUUGGGGCUAUUGGAGUUUCAUGGCAAACUAUUCAAAACUACGCGAGAAUCGAUGUGCUUUCUGGAGGUGCGAGUUUGUGUGGACUUACAAAGAAUCCAGGGCACGAAUCAAUGAUGCUGACGCUGUGAUGUUUUUCAGCUUUGAUUUCAAUCAUCGAGAUCUUCCUCCUCGAAAGCCACACCAACUCUGGAUCAGGCUAGAGUUAGAGGCACCGCCUUUAGGUCAAACAACUCUGGGAGGUUGGUCAGCAGCAGAAAAAAGUGGAAAUUAUUUCAACUUGACGAUGUCGUAUCAUCAUCUGAGUAACAUAUCAGCAGAUAAUACCGCCUUGAGGCCUUUGGACGAUUCUGUCAAAUGUCCCAUCGUCGAAGGAGUCAACAUUGAUGAAUCUAGUAGGACCUACCAGAAGUAUAUGCAACACCUAAAAAACUAUGAUGAUAUCAUGGAUAUGGAAAGAUCUAUACAAAACAAAAUCAUUUUGAGUCAGAAGGAAAAGAUCGUUCAGGAAAUUUUAUUGAAAUACGAAUUAGUUAAUGGAUCCUCCAUCAUAACUGAAAAGCUAAAGCCAGAACUCCAGCAGACACCUCAAACAUCAACUGAUGCCUCUCAGAGUAAGACAGAGAGCACCAGCCACUCUGCACAAGGGAACGAGCAAACCACAAACAAGUUCCAAUUUACAGAGCAGGAAGUGAGGUGGGCACUGCGUCCCAAAAUUGCCUCAUGGAUGGCAAGCCAUUGCCCAACAGCCUCAAGGAGAGAGAAUUUUGUUGCCGCCCUGCAAAAGUUUGUGAACGUGACAACGAUCGGAAGGUGCGGUAAGCUGAAGUGUGGCAGGAACCAUUUAGACAGAUACUGUUAUCGCUGGCUUACGGGUUCUCACCUAUUUUAUCUCUCCUGGGAAAAUUCUCUAUGCGAAGAUUACAGCACUGAGAAACUGUGGAGGCCGAUGCAAUAUGGGAUGGUGCCGGUCGUGUAUGGAGGAAGGGACUACGACAAGAUUUUACCACCAGGGUCUUACAUCAACUCUAGGUCUUUUCAGAACGUUUCGGCACUGGCAGAACACUUGCUUUAUCUGAGUAAUAACCCUGUUUCCUAUCUGCGCUAUCUGCAGUGGCGCCGCUUCUGGGAAAUCAAGGACGAGCUUCCAUGGACUUGUAACAUAUGUAACACCUUGCACAAAGUAGCAGGGCUUAGAGACUCGCGUGAUACCCGUGAGCGAUGGGUGAAAGACACUUCCGAUUGCUAUGCGCCUUUCAUCUGACGAAACCUGCUGGCGAUGCCAGGUGCCUCCCUGGCAGUCACACUUAUCAAGAUACAAUAAGUAAGACAUUCAAGCCUUAUUUAUAAGUUGCACCAACUUGUAUAGGGUAUAUUCCAAUGAUUUUUUUUAUUUGUUGUUAACUAAAUUAUUCACCAAUUAUGUUCCUUGUUAUUUAUGUCUCCUUUAUAAAGGUUGAGCAUCAAAUGCAUCACACAUCUUUUGGUAUUGGAGUGUUCCAUCUGCAUAGGUUGCCUGUGAUAUCUCUGAGUACUUAAGUAAAUAGGUCUUGCUCUGGGAGUUUGUAUAAACUUCAGCUUCUGUCCAACUUUAUGUAUAACUGCCCAAUUUAAUUCAACAAACAAUUCUCCCCUACCCUAGAUGUAGUUAUCAAUCUGGACUAAAAAUAAUUCACCUAUUUAUUUGCAAGAUUAUCAAAUAACUUGUAGAAA